AUGCAAUAGGCACAAGUACCAACGCAGCUGCUUCCAAUAUGUUGCCUACUUUUUUGGAUUCCGUAAUCCCCUUCUCCUCUCCACCACUAAAUAGAAAGUUUCCUGUUGGCCAUGCUCUUGACGUAUUCUUUUCCCCAUCACAGCUUCUUGAUCUGCAUAUUGGCGAGAAACAGAAAAAAGAAAAAGAUCACAUCAUAGUACAAAGGUUAAUGUGAAUCUUAGCUCUCCAACCUGCAAUUGCAAUGCCUAUUUAGGGACUGAGGACGUUCGAGUCCACAGGAGGCAAAAAUCUGAGGGAGGGAAGCCAAAGUUUCUCCCUGCACAGUUUUACAAUCCCGCUCGCCAAAGAUGCUCGUUGAAGCUCUCUCUCGCUCCCGCUCUCUCUUUGUGUCCACGACGAAGCAGACCUUAUUAAUUGUCAAAGAUCUUCCUUUCAUUGGAAAAUCGGCUCUCCCUCUCUUUUUUUUCUCCCCCUCUAAUUUGACAAGUAGCUUCCUUUCAUUGGAAGAGCAUCCCCAAUAGCCAGUAGCCUCACGCACUCACUCUCUCUUCAUCGCGCUUGCAUGGUGCCGGCGGACAUGGCGGUUCCAUGCCCUCCCCUUCCCUUCCUGGACGACUCCACAACGCCGGUCUCCUCCCCACCAAUUCCACCACCGCCAUCCACCUCACCUCCUUCUCCCCUCUCCCAGGAUGACCUCAAGAGGAUCGCCGCGUACCGGGCGGUGGACUACGUCGAGAGCGGCAUGGUCCUUGGCCUGGGCACCGGCUCCACUGCCGCCCACGCCAUCGACCGCAUUGGUGAUCUCCUCCGAAGCGGCAAGUUGCGCGACAUCGUCGGCGUGCCUACGUCCAAGAAGACGGAGGCGCAGGCGACCUUGGUGGGCAUCCCGCUUACGGACCUCGCCGAGCAUCCUGUGCUCGACCUUGCCAUCGACGGCGCGGACGAGGUCGAUCCCCACCUCAACCUCAUCAAGGGCCGAGGCGGGUCGCUUUUGAGGGAGAAGAUGGUCGAGGGCGCGGCUCGGAAGUUCGUGGUCAUUGUCGACGAGACGAAGCAGGUGCAGAAUCUGGGAGAGAGCGGCAUGGCCGUCCCCGUCGAGAUCAUCCCCUUCUGUUGGGAGUACACGGCCAGGAGGUUGCAGAGCCUCUUUGAGAAGGUGGGCUGCCGCGCGAAGCUCAGGAGGUGCGGAGACGGAAGCGAGCCGUUCCUCACGGACAACAACAAUUACGUUGUGGACUUGUUCUUUGAGGGGCCUAUCGGAGACCUGCAGGCGGCAAGUGAGGCCAUUUUGGGCCUCACUGGUGUCAUCGAGCAUGGGAUGUUCUUGGGCAUGACUACUACCCUUAUAGUUGCAGGCAAGCUGGGGGUUUCUAUCAAGAACGGAGAGCUCUGAUGAUGAAUGCUCAGAGAGAGAGAGAGAGAGAGAGAGAGAGAGAGAGAGAGAGAGAGAGAGAGAUGAAUGUGGAAGAGAGAUUCAUCUUCUGUCUUAACUAUUCCAAAGGUGUGGCUUCCAUAAGAAAGCGAGUUGGAGAAAUGGCUGCAUCAUUUUCUCAACCAUAUGCGAGACCCUUUCAAUUUUGUACUCGUGAAAUUUUUUAUUUUCAGUAUGUUGCAUUGCCUUAAUUGCAGCAAACAAUUGAUAGUUCCUCCAUUUUUUGCGUAUGAACAUGUUUAGUUUUUUCUCAAAUUAGACAAAGAAACAAAAAGCACAUUCACCUG